GCCCUGGCUGCGGGCGGGCGCGCACCAUGCCCUCCUUCGACGAGGCGCUGCAGAGGGCCGGCGAGUUCGGGCGCUUCCAGCGGCGCGUGUUCCUGCUACUGUGCCUGACGGGCGUCACCUUCGCCUUCCUCUUCGUCGCCGUGGUCUUCCUGGGCAGCCGGCCCGACCACUACUGGUGCCGCGGGCCGAGCGCCGCCGCGCUGGCCGAGCGCUGCGGCUGGAGCCCCGAGGAGGAGUGGAACCGCACGGCGCCCGAGCGCCGGGGCCACGGGCACUGCCAGCGCUUCCUCCUGGAGGCGGCCAACGCCACCGCGCUCAGCUGCGCGGACCCGCUCGCCGCCUUCCCCAACCACUCGGCGCCGCUCGUGCCGUGCAGCGGCGGCUGGCGCUACGCCCAAGCCCACUCCACCGUCGUCAGCGAGUUUGACCUCGUGUGUGUCAAUGCUUGGAUGCUGGACCUCACACAAGCCAUCCUGAACCUGGGCUUCCUGGCUGGAGCGUUCACCUUGGGCUAUGCAGCAGACAGGUACGGCCGAAUAGUCAUUUACUUAAUAUCCUGUUUCGGUGUUGGCGUCACUGGUGUGGUGGUGGCAUUUGCACCAAAUUUCCCUGUGUUUGUGGUCUUCCGCUUCUUACAAGGCGUGUUUGGAAAGGGGACAUGGAUUACUUGCUAUGUGAUUGUGACGGAAAUCGUUGGUUCAAAGCAAAGGAGGAUUGUGGGAAUCGUGAUUCAGAUGUUUUUCACCCUUGGAAUCAUAAUUCUCCCUGGAAUCGCCUACUUUAUCCCCAACUGGCAGGGGAUCCAGCUGGCUAUAACGCUGCCCAACUUUCUCUUCCUCCUUUAUUACUGGGCAGUUCCCGAAUCUCCCCGCUGGCUGAUUACUCGGAAGAAAGGUGACAAAGCACUAAAAAUUCUGAGGAGCGUUGCCAAAUGCAAUGGAAAAUAUCUCUCGCCCCAUUACUCAGAGAUCACUGUUACAGAUGAGGAAGUUAGUAAUCCAUCCUUUUUAGAUCUGGUGAGAACUCCCCAAAUGAGGAAGUGCACACUUAUUCUUAUGUUUGCUUGGUUUACCAGUGCGGUGGUGUACCAAGGGCUUGUCAUGCGCCUGGGCAUCACAGGAGGCAACCUCUAUAUCGACUUCUUUGUCUCCGGAGUCGUGGAGCUGCCAGGAGCCCUUCUGAUCCUGCUGACCAUUGAGCGUAUCGGACGACGUCUUCCCUUUGCAGCGAGCAAUAUCGUGGCAGGAGUGGCGUGCCUGGUCACAGCUUUCUUACCCGAGGGAAGAGCAUGGCUGAGGACCACGGUCGCUACCUUGGGACGGCUGGGGAUAACCAUGGCCUUUGAGAUUGUUUAUUUGGUGAAUUCAGAAUUGUACCCGACGACGUUACGAAACUUUGGAGUUUCACUCUGCUCAGGUUUAUGUGACUUUGGGGGGAUCAUAGCCCCAUUUCUGCUCUUCCGACUCGCGGCCAUUUGGCUAGAACUACCUCUUAUCAUCUUUGGUAUCCUGGCAUCGGUCUGUGGCGGUCUCGUGAUGCUGUUGCCUGAAACCAAGGGCAUUGCCUUGCCAGAGACAGUGGAUGAUGUAGAAAAACUUGGCAGUCCACAUUCCUAUAGAUGUGGCAGGAAAAGGAAAACCCCAGUGUCAAGCUCUCACCUCUGAGCCCCCGCCAAAGACAAAAGGGAGGAGCCCCUCGGGCCAACCCCCUGAGGCGCCGGCGUGCCCUGCAGAGAGAGACGCGUGUGUCUACUUCAGCUGCGUGACGCAGUGCAGCUCCAACUGUUUUUGAAUACUUUACAAAAACAUCCACGCUAUCCAGAGUAUUUUUAAUAUAAUUUUGGAGAAGAGGUUUUCUUCUGACCUUGGGAAGUGUCGCCGACCCAUCAGUCACAGAGAGACAAGAGAAGCCCCUCCCAAUCUGCAUGACAGCUCCGUCAGGAGCACAGGAAAAGUGUGCAGAGCUGGAAUCAGCAAAGCUGAUCAAGGAACCGAGGCUGUGGACGGAGCGUUCGGAAGGUUCCUGGGAGGACAAAGACAUGGCAGUUCCGUAACGAAGACCCUGGGACCCGUGGGACUGAGCCUUCGCUUUGCCUUCACUUUCCCUUCGUGCCUUGAGCUCCGGGAGUCCCGGCAGCAUCGGGAUCGCAGGCGUGUUCAGACCUCAUUCUUCAAAUAAGCACAAAUCGGCUGUGCCACCUGAGGAAUUCAUUAUUGUAAAAUCAGGUGGGGUCCCAAGAAGAAGAGGGAUGGUUUUAGUCCUCGUAGGGGAACACCUGGAGCCACACAUUCUUUACUGAGCAAAACCCAUGGAUUGUGAACGAUUUCAUGGGUUGUAAGAUUUUAACCAUAACGGGACAUUUAUCUUUUAAGUGUGAGUUCAGUUCUCUGACGGUGCCUACAGUCAAGAGUGAAAAACAUGGGCAGUUCUCAUUCAACCUUGACACUUUUCACUUGUUUUGGGAAGUAGCUUACAUUUUACUUUAAAAGAAAGGUCAGGUAGAUCCAUGCUUAGAAUUAAGCAGAAAGUUUAUAAGUGCCUUGAUAGAUACUACUAAGGGAUUUGAUCCUUCUUUUUUGGUUACUGAGACUUUCGAAAUGCGGAGCUUAAAUACAAACAUCCUGUCUUUUUCUGAGGUUCUGCUCCAGAUGUCUUGCUUGGUAUAUUUUCAGAUUCAGUAUACGCCUAAUGCAAAAUUUACUUUUUCUAAUGACUUAUUCUGUGUAGACAGGCAAAAUGGACACCAAAGGGAAGUCUUGCCAACAGGGGGGGAAAUUUCUCUGUGAACACGUGAGGGUACCUACAAAGUGUGUGCGGAUUGCAAAAUAAGCUCUUUCCUGCUCCGAGCGCCUGCGGAGUGAGCACCACUGCUCUGUCUCCGAGGAAGGAAACGCAGCCCCGAGGGCGUGCCGCUGCCUCUGCCCUUCACUCGUCGGCUUUCUUUGCAUCUCUCUUUGCUGCAGGGUGACUGCUGCUCCUUGGUACUAUCACCUUUGAAUUGUAUUUGAGUUGAGACUUUGGUCCUGGUAACAAUAAAAAUGUUAAAUUGUCAAGAAAA